GAGAUUGCUGGUGACGUGUUUCACAAAGAGUCAAUGGUUUAUUUAUAAGUGUAUGGUACUGGGUGUAAUUUCAAUUUUACAUAAUUCUUAUCGGAAGGUUAAACUUUCUCUCGGCAAAUGAAGUAGCUUGUGACCUUGGAUUGAUGUGAUGUUGUGCUGACAGACAGGAUUCUGAACAAAAACAACAAUGUCUGUGUCUGUUUGUUCAAGUUCCACUCUCCCAAAACUCCGCCAGGCAAAAUUUCAAAGCUUAGAAACAAAAGUAGAUUAUAAAAGUGGAGCUUCCUUCAAAGGAGGUAUACAAAAUCACAAAAAGUGUGGAGAAGGGAUAUUUUCCUGGCCAAAUGGGGCUCAGUAUGAGGGAGGUUAUAUGGACAAUCUCAGACAUGGGACAGGCAUUCAAAUUUGGCAAGAUGGGAGUCGGUAUGAUGGGGACUUCGUGGAUGAUAUGCGACAUGGCCGGGGAAAACUGACUUGGAGUAAUGGAGAGUCCUAUGACGGUACUUUUUUCAAAGACCGUCGCCAUGGUAAAGGGGUAUACACUUGGAAUGAUGGCUCCAACUACACUGGAACCUUCUACAUGGAUCGUAAGGAGGGACACGGAAUGUUCAGAUUCGCUAAUGGAAAUACAUUUGAGGGUUUAUAUAAAGAUGAUGAAAGAAUGGGACCUGGAGUUUUGACCUAUUCCGAUGGUAAACAUGAUGUUGGUUUAUGGAUAAGAGAAAAACUCGUUAAGUUAUGUUCAGCAAUAGAUGGCGCUUUCACAAUGGAGAAACACAAAGAAUUUGACUUUAAUCCCAAGGAACAUGUCAUGUAUAUUUCUAUGGAGGAUGAUGAAAAACCAAAUGUGGAAGAAAUUUUACAAACACCUGAAAUAUUUGACUGCUUACCAGAAAGCCGUUUGUCUGACAGAGUUACGGACCUUUACAGUGAGCCGCUGGACCCUCGGAGUUUGACUGUGAACAAAGACAUGUUUGAUAAAGAGUUCUUUCCCAGAAGUGAAAGUGAAAAAUCUGACAGAGAUGAAAAAGUUCCAGCGUGGAACAAAACACCAUCUGUGAUAAAAAUGCAAAGGCAUAUUCACUGGCAUAAAAGUGCCCUGAAAAAACUUUCCUAUGAUGUUCAGAAAAUUUUAAAAGGUGACCGGUCAAAAUUUGGACCCAAAGGACCACUGGAAAGUGCUUCAGAGGAACUUAUACAAGCUGCCACGUGUGGGAAUAUUAAACGUGUGGAGGAUCUCUUUACAGCUGGACUUGUUCACCCUGAUGUGGCGGACAAGAACGGACAUACAGCUCUAAUCGGUGCUACAGUAAACUGGCAUAUGGAUGUGAUAAACUGCCUAUUAAAUCAUGGAGCUGAUGUUAACAAGUUAAAUGAUGAAGGGUGUUCAGCGCUGUCUGCAGGCACCAUUUUCUUUUACCCUGUGGAUGGUUUUCUCUACAACAUCGCAGAGCGAUAUUUAGAACGUCCUCCUCCUGUACAGGAAUCUAAAGAUAAGAAAGUUUCCACAAAACCUAAAGGUAUUUUAAACAGAAAACAGAGUAACGCAGUUACAAAACCAAGCCAGCCAGGUAUUAUUGCCAAACCCAAACCAGCCGCGGCCAAUCAGAGCAACACUAGCGUGGACAGUGGUUUUCCACAGACAGACAGCAACCAGAGUAUGGGCAGUCCUUCGAAACCUCAGGUGAGAAUUAUGGACCCAACAGAGGAGGCCAAGUCCCUGUCUCGUCCGUCACAGGAGAAGGUGGAUAGUGAAGAACCUGGCAGUGCUCGGGAGGAAAAACCUGAUGAAGCAGAGUUCGAGUCAACUGCAACACUGCACGACUACGAGAUCCAGGUGUCAGAUCAGCUUGUUGAGCGGUGUGCCACACAGCUAUCGACCAAUGAGAAGAUAGUGGGAGGUCGAAGGUCACACAAUAGUAUGGAGCUUGGUACUGUGAGACAUCUAGCUGUUUGUAAGAAUGAGAAGGAGAGGAUGAAGAUUACCAUGGAUCUGCUGCUGAAGCGUGGGGCUGACCCUAAUGCCUCUAGUGUUCCGAUGCCCGUGCUCUUCUUCGCCAUCAAGUCAGCAGACGUUGAGGUUGUGAAAACACUUCUAAUGAAGGGCGCUUCAACAGCUAUCACCCUUCCUAAAGAGCUCAAAAUACUGAUUAAUGGCCAGGAUACGACGAAAGGAGGUCUGGCUCCAUUACACAUUGCUGCUGGAAUCCCAGGCGAGGAAGGGGUACUUAUAACGGAACUCCUCCUCAACGCGCUGGCUGACCCCGAUGUUAGGGCUGCUGAAGACGACUCCUUCCUCAACAAAAAUCUGGAGGAUGAGUGGAGUAAGGACGCCAUCUUACCACACAGUCUGGCCCUCCUGGGAGGGCGCACACCCCUACAGAUAGCAUGUGCGCGUGAUGACAACUACAAGGUUGCCUGUCGUGUGACACGACUACUUCUGGAACAUAAAGCCAAUCCUAACCUCACGUGUAACGGCUUUUCACCUAUAGCCCUCACUAUAGCCUGUGGGAAUGACUUGGCUUUAGAUGAAUUGAUUCUCUUUGGUGCGGAUACAAGUCUCGGUCUGACCCAUGGAGUUGGUAGCGCCCUCUGUGCGGCCACAUCCACAGAGUACGAACAUCGGCGUCAGAUAAAUGGACGUUUACAACUGAUUGACAAGCUGGUGCGGGCGGGUGCUAACAUUCUAGCUCCUAUACCUAUCGGCCCUAAACGUGUGAUCGGUACAGCUGUGGACUACGCCUACUACAUGUUUAACCAGGAUCGUCGUAUUGCACAUAUGCCUUACCACGCACUGACGCAUGCUGAGCGAGAAACGUACAAUGCCCGUCGUAAGCUGCUUGGUCAUAUAGGAGACAUCCUGCGCACCAAAGCAGUGGAACGCGAAAGGCGUCGACUUGAGGAUGAAAUUAGUUUGGGCAAAAGGAGUCGCAGUCCCAGUCCAAACUUUGUUUAUGUUGGUGCGGGAGCCGAUCUUCCCUCAGAUUCGCGACGUCCAAAGUCUCUACGAGGUGACCCUGGUGGUGAGAGCAAGGUUACGUUUGAUGCCACCACAAAGGAAGGCGCCAUCAUAGGCCGAGGAUUUCCCGAACGAGAUCCUGGAACUUUACCCUCCAGCACCUCAUCUGACAAACAACGAAGGUCUAGGUCAACAAAAUCUUACUUCAGAAAAACAAAUAAAACCGACAAUGUCAGGAAGCCUAUUUUCAAAUACUGUUACGAGUGUGGUCGUUCAGUAGGCAUGCGGUUGUCUGCAUGUACGAGGUGUAAGGAAGUGUAUUACUGUAGUAAGGCGUGUAAACUGAAGGCUUGGAACGCACGCCACAAAGAGGAAUGUAUCCGAAUUGGAGGUCCACCAGAAGUACCAGAGAACAUCCCGCUCUUGUCAGCGGUACAAAAAGUUGGGGCAGCUGUUGCCUUUUUAAACUCAGGCCGGCGUUCUCGCAGUCCAAGUCCAAUGGGGAGAAGGGUUGCGGCCGACAGCCCCACACCAGCCACCGAUAUCAACAAGGGAAAGAAAACAACCGUAUCCGAGCUACAAAAGGGUGUAAAAAUAAACGUGCCCUAUAAGGGGUUCAGUCGGAGUGCUGGGGGCCAGUUCAUAGGUACUGAUGCAAUGCGGCGGAUGACACAAUCUGAAAAAGGGAAGAGACGCUGGACUAGCCCGCCCCCUGGUGUCGUUAUACAUAACUAUAGCUAUGUAUAGAAACGAAUGUUGCUGGUUUAUUGUAAAGUAUGCGUGGGUCUCUCUUAAUUUAUAUUUGUUGAAACUAUUUCAUUUCGCCAGUUCUUGGAAAACGUGUUGAUGAUGAAAUUGAGGAUACAUCUACCAGUAUGUUAACUUAGCAUUGCUUGUAUCUUUUGUAUCCUUGAAAUGAUUUGAAGUUAUUUUCUAAAAAUAGAUGGUUAUAUCCGAAGGAAAACAUGGAUGUCGUAAAAAAAGUAGUUUCACCCAAAAUAUGUGAAUUUAUGCAAUCAUGACCUCAUUUUAUUUUAUAUUGGUGAAUAUAUCAUAAUUAUCCAUUUUAUUUUGCUAUGUAGGGUUGGUAUGCAAUCGUUCAUCAUUAAAACCUAGUUGUACUGUUCAGUGUUGAAGAUGGAUGUAUACUUAAUCCAUAGUCGAAGGCGCAUUCAAUCAUGUUCCAAAGUAUUGCAUUGUGUUCUGUUUGUUAAAGAAAUAAUAUCAUGUGGCCAACGUGUAGUUGUAUAGGUAUUAUUUAUUUUGUUUAUUUGCGUAUUUAUUAUUUUAUUAUUCUAACUAUUAUCCCUAUUAUUAAGAAAUAGUUUAUCGCUGUUAAAAUUGUUUAAGUGUAUGUUCCAUGGCUUCCCAUAUAGUUUUUGCUCAAGUUUACACUUUCUUGCACAUUUCCUAUACUUUUAUAUCCAUUCUGUUCUAUGUUAGAAACAUUUAAGGUAGGUACCUGGUAUUAUUUAAAGCAGAGUUACUUUUGUUGUGAUAGCCUUACAAAUAACCAUAAUUGAAACGGAAUUUUGUUCUGAGUAUUAUGCAAAUAUAUUUAGUUUUCAGUUAAAGAUAGGUUUCUGAUAUCUUUGAUUUUUGAGUAUUUUGUUAUUUUGCGACAAAAUGACUUAUUCGUACGAGAUAUGAAGAACUAAUCAUGUAUUUAUAUGGCUUCAGGCUACAUCAUGUGGUGUUUGAAGACCGCGCAGAAACGUUAGGUACUUUUUUCAAAUAAAAACAUGAACACGUUUAAACUGCUGUCAAGCACUGUCAGACUUUCGUUUCUUUAAGGUAAAUGAGUCGAAAAAGUUAUAUCCGCUUAUGAAUGGCAUGUGAUCAAAGUGUUUGGAAAAAUGAAUUUCACUGAAAUUUUAUUUCGUUUGCGACAAUUUACGGACAAUUGAGAAAGUAAGCACCAGCCAAUCAUAACGGAUUAAAUGAUUACUAUUGAGUUGCAAUAUGUUUACCUAGAUAGGUGCCAAAGCGUUACAGGAUUGUUCACGUGAUAACAUUUGUCAUCUUUUCACUAUUUUAUAUAGAUGUUUCACUAGGUCACGGUUAGCGAGGUUACAUGUAGUUGGUACAGAAAUAUUGGAAGGUCGACUGACAUGCGAACGUAUACUUAUGUAUGACAGUAUUUUAUUGAUAGUUAAUCUUCAGUAUUUUAAUUGCUGUGAUAAACAUAACGGAAAAUUGUCAAUUUUCUAUGAUUAAUUAAUCAUUCCUUGAUUUAACUGCUGAAUGCAAUUGUGAUAGAUAGUCUUUCAUGGUCAACACUGCUGAAUAUAACAAUUUCACCCUGUCAUUUUGAAUGUAAAAAUUGCACUGUCUGAAAUAUUUUACAUACAUUUUUUUUAUUGUAGUGACUUUAGAGAAUUACAAUGGAAAUAUGUCACUUUUUACAAAACCUUUUUGAGUACCGUUUAGAUUAUCAUAUAUAGGUAUUAUUUCAUUCCGAAAGUUCAUCUUUUAGACCAAUCACUUAAGCAAACGCAUGCAAAUAAGAUUUGCAAUUUAAACUGGAUUUCUGAGCACAGUUCUAUGGUUACUUCCAGACUCUCUGUUAAUGCUAUCAUCGUACAUAUGUACCAUUCAUAUUCAGUAUUCUAAAGAAUCUCAAUUGUCACAACAACGAUGACAAGCAGGGUAAUUGGACAGCCAAAGGAAGUAAGAUCUGUCGCCUCAUCCAAUCAAAGCAUGCUAAUUAUAUUUUCACGAAAUUCAUAUUCACUGUUUAAAUGCCGCAAUAUCUAAAGACGAAGUUGGUCACACCUUGAACCUAUUAGAAAUAUUAGAGUUUGUAAAUUCUGAAGACAUUUAUAUAUCUUUGUAUCUCAAUGUGUAGACAAAAGUGCCUUUAUGACUAGUUUUAUUUAGUGAUGGUGGUGUAAGAGAACCUUUUUUUACUAUGGGAAUGAUAGCAUUUCAAGACUGUGUAAGAUACAUCCACUGGUCGUUAUAGAUGUGAUUAAAGAUGUAACGCGGUGCUUUAACGCUGUGUUAACAUCAAAUGUCUAAAUUUCCAUGUAACUCUCCAUGUGUACAUUGAUCCGAACAAGAGUUGAUACUGUAAAACCUUCCAUAAAAAGUUUUUGUGAAAGUUUCCAACCUGCAUUUAAGAGAUUGGAGACGGAUGAAGAAACAUUUCGUAGUAAAAUUAUUUCAAUAAAUAUUGAGUAUUCAUAUAUUCCUGAAAUAAUCAGUGUGACAUUUUUUUACGUGAGUGUAGGUAAAUAACGAAACAGUAAUUCUAAUUCAAAAUCUAUAAAACGUGGAUAAAAUAUGAACAAAUAAGUAAUUCCAUGUACCGGGUUUUUAAGUAUCCGUCAUGUAAAAGAACGCUGUUGAAUGAUAGAAAAUGCCACUAUAGAAGAUUUGAGAUAAAAUUAUAAGCGUGGAGAUUUGUCCAGAAUAAUGAAGAACAUGUUAUUGUGUAAAUCGUUACAAAGUCAUUCUUUUAUUUCGUUUUCUUGUUGACUUUUAUUUUUAUAUCACAUAUAUAUAUAUAUACAUACAUAUAUGAACAUGCCUUAAUUUUAUCGAAUGCUACAUUUGUUUUGACAAAAUGAAGUAAUGUAUUUGUAUUAGCGAUCUGUUUUCACAUGCAUAUAUAGGUUUGUUGUUGAUGUAUACAUGUGUUGUUACAUAUGUAACAUAUAUUUGCUGUUACACAUAUCAGCAGUAUUUUCGCAUUCGAUUUAUUUACAAUUAAGCUCUUUAACUUAAAUUACUCGAAAAAAAUGUCAUAUAAUUGUAUGCAAUUCAAAGUUGGAAACUGUUGAUAUUGGUUAACAGGCUAAACACGUGUGUUUAUUAUAUAGUCUAAAUGCAUUAUUUAUUUAUAUUCAUUGAAAAUUGAUGCAUUCAAUACUUUAUUGAAACUAUGUUAGAGCUUAAAGCAUUUUGCUAUAUUUGGCCAGAAAAUUUAAUGGCUAUUUUAAAAAUCUGCCAAAUGAAAUAAAUAUUUUUUCUUCUUCCUAUCCUUCUUCUAGUCCUGCUACUGGAAUCUGUAAAUGUCAACAAAAGGCAUUUCUGCGUGUCUAUGACGUUACUCAGUUUUAGCUGAUUUAUAAUAAAAUUGAUUUCAGUAUU